AUGGCUAAUGACCGCGAAAUUUUGCGCGAAAUAUGGGAAGGCAAACUGCCCGUGUGUUUUACAUUGGAUCCUGAGGAAGUGUAUGAACUCCAGCAACCAGAUCCAUUCUAUUUGAUGGUGCCCCGACUGUCCUACUUCCCACUGGUGAUAGAUAAGGUAAAGAAACACUUCAUGAGAUUUACUUCAAAUGACAAGAAUGAUCAGGACAUGUGGCUGGAGUUUGAUGGUCAGCCACUAAAAUGGCACUGCCCAAUUGGGGUGCUUUUUGAUUUACAUGUCCGCUCUGACAACACCCAACUGGCACUGCCAUGGAACAUUACUGUGCACUUUUACAAAUUCCCAGAGAAGCAAAUAUUCCGUUUCAAUAGCAAAGAUUUGGUAGAAUCCUACUUUUUGUCCAGCCUGAAGGAAGCUGACCUGCUUAAGCAUAGAAGCCAGGUAGUGGGCUCCAUGUUGAAGAAGGACCACACUCAGUUAUGGUUGGGAUUGCAGAAUGACAAAUUUGACCAGUUUUGGGCAGUCAACAGGAAGCUUAUGGAAACAAUUGCUGAACAAGACAGUUUCAAGCAUAUUCCCUACCGGUUGUAUAUUAAUGACGGAUAUAUACAAAAGUUAGUCAGGCCAAUUUGUGAGGGUGGGCGCAAGAAGACUUUGCGCGACCUACUUGAAGAAACUCUACCUGAGCAAGUGUUUGCAGGCAAGGUGUGCACACAUGGCAUGUUUCCACCAUUAGAUACACCGCUACAGUGGAUGUCGGAACAUCUCAGCUAUCCUGACAAUUUUUUGCAUCUAUGCUUGGUGCAGCCAUAAACUCUAAACAAUAAAAAAUAUACAAAUCA